UGUAUACUUACAGUCAGUGCUGGCAUUAAGCAAAGCUAAAGCAAAGCUGUUUUGGUCAUGUCAACUAGUUGGUCACUUGAUUAACAUCCAAGAGCCUAAUGUGGGAAAUUGGAGCCUUUUCAGUAUUCAUUCUGACCACCACUUAGAAUGACCGGAGCUAUAGGCUUUGUCAAGUCGAGGUUAAGUUCAUUUGUAAGUACUCUUAAUUGUGAAAUGUGAUUCUGGCUUGUGAACCUCUCUUUGUGAUACGCUACAGGAGGCUCAGAAUUCCCCAAUUCUGCAGGAGGAAAUAUCAUGUUAGCAUUUGACAAAGCAUAAAGGCUCUCAAAAGACAGCUUGGAGAUACACUCACGUGUGUGGUUUCCUGUGGAAAUUGGAAGCACGUUUUAGUGCCAUAAAUUACCUGGGUGGUUGGUCAUAGUUGAAGGGGGCAGAGAGCCACAGCUUCCUAAUUAUUCCCUGGGCAUCUUUGUCGUCCUGUGCCCCUCCUUGGUGCCAGUUGCCAACCAGCAAAAAAACAACUUUUGAUAGACACCAGAGUGUGUGGACAAUGGCAGCUUUGGAACAGAGGGGAGCUGGAAAGUUAGGAUACGAUGCAGAAAAGGACGACUACGUUUUCUACGGUGAAUACAGUGAGAGCCAGUCUGUCGAUGUAACACCUCCACCUCCAACUUCACAAAAGCAGCUGAGUACCACAGACCGUGAAAAGAAAAAUCGUCUGAGAAGCAAUGUCGUCAAUGAGAUCAUAAACAGGGAACGAGACUACGUCAAGAACCUAAAGGACAUCUAUGAGGGUUACUACAAGCAGUGCAAAAAAAGACCAGACAUGUUCUCAGAAGAACGACUCUGCAUUCUCUUUUCAAACAUCGAGGAAAUUUACCGAUGCCAGAAAAAGUUUCUGAAAGCUUUGGAGAGGAUGUACAACCCACAACAUCCAUAUUUGAGUGAGUUUGGAAUCGUCUUCGUUCAACAGCAUGAAAAUUUUCUGAUCUACUCCGAAUACUGCAUUAACCACCCCAAUGCUGCAGCCGAAGUCACAAAACUCUCAAACCUGCAAGACUAUGCUUUGUUUUUUGAGACCUGCCGACUCCACCAACACAUGACCAACCUCUCGCUGGAUGCAUUUCUGAUUAUGCCAGUACAGAAGAUCUGUAAAUAUCCUUUACAGCUCUUGGAACUUCAAAAGGUCACUCUACCCUGCCACAGGGAUUCCAAAAAUGUGGAUGCUGCUCUGAUUGCCAUGAAGAAUAUUGCCAACGUGAUCAACGACCGCAAAAGACGAGUUGAAACCCUUGAUAAAAUUCCAAGGUGGCAAAAUGCAAUUUUAAAUUGGAAGGGAGAAGAUCUGUUGGAUCGUAGUACAGACCUUAUUCAAAGUGGGGACUUAAUUGUGAUCAUGAAACCGCAAGGAAAGAGCAAAGACAUGCUUUUGCUCCUCUUUGACCAUCAAGCAGUCUUAUGUAAGAAGGAUCUACUACGUCGUGACAUCUUAUACUAUAAGUACAGAAUAGACAUGGACUGCAUGCUAAUGGUAGACGUAAAAGAUGGCAAGGACUGGGAAUUCAACGUCAAGGUCAAGCACGCUUUCAAACUUCAAAACAAGCUUGUAGAUGAUGAAGUACACCUAUUUUGCGCAAAGAAAGCAUCAGACAAACUGUUGUGGGUUCAUGCCUUUGAGGAUGAAAGAAAAAUGAUAAAAAAUGAUGAAGACACAGGCUUUGUCAUCACCGAAGCACAAAAAUACAAGGCCAAAUUGCUUGCACGUAAGCCAGUAAAGAAGAAAAAAGCAAAAGCCACCUGUAUGUACACGUGUGACUCACAACGCGAAUGCGAACAAGUACCAAUAAAGAAACCACCAACAUGUGCCAACAGACAACAAAGACAUCCAGUAAUGACCCCGCUGCCCAUUUCCUCCAGUUCCUCAUCAAGCACAACCACGGAUGAAUCAAUGACAUCGGAAGACCAGGAAAUGGAAUCAGAUGUAGUUUCAUGUCGCAGUUAUUCAUUAACUUGAGGAGCUUUUGCUUUGCUUUAAAAAAAAACAACGGCAAAUUCUUUGCACUGAAUGUCUGCCUCUGAAACGUUAAUCUAUGCAGAUAAACGGGGAAAAUGCGAAACAGUACAUGGGAACCAGCUACCUCAAAAAUCAGAACGGCUUACGGGUGUGUAACAUGUCUUUGAACUAAGUGGACGUAACUCACUCCGUGCUCUUCAGCAGAAGUAGUUUAUCUUAUUUACCCUCUGCUGGUAGAAACAUCUUAUGCUCAGCACUGCCUUUGUGCAUACAUCUUAGCUAUCAUAUAGUCCUUUCUUUGUUACCUUUUAUUAGCAUUGCUUUCAUAGACACAUAUAUCGGUUUUAAUUAACAUCAAUCUUUUUUGACAAUUUUAAUUCUGUAAUUCUGAUCUCCAUGCUAUGGAGAUGUUACAAACAGGUUGGGCUCCACAGAUCCUUCAAGAAUAUUAAAAGGAAAUAUAUUUUAAUGUAAAUCAGAAUAAAAGGACACAACUUUAGAAGGAGAUGAGGAGGAAUUUAUUUAGUCAGAGGGUGUUGAAUCCAUGGAAUACAUUGCCACAGACGGCAGUGGAGGCCAAAUCAUUGGGUAAUUUUGUUUUUUAAAAGCGGAGAUUGACAUGGUUUUCAUUACUAAGCGUGAGAAAGGUUACAGAGAGAAGGCAGGAGAUAAAGAUUGAGAGUGAAAGAUAGAUCAGCCAUAAUUAAAUGGCGGAGUGGACUCAAUGGGCCGAAUGGCCUAAAUCUGCUCCCAUGACUUAUAAUGGAUCACAUAUAAAUAAUGCUUUGCCUCUUAGAGACAGUUUGGGAGCCGAUUCCCUCCGCACAAAUGUCUACUCCACUUAUGUUGAGAUUGGGAAGUGGUGCAAUUAGAAAUCAUGAAUUUAGUUGGAAAACCCCAUUUUAAUUAUUUAUUAUAAAGUAACAUUUCCGUGUUAGUCCAUUUCCAUUAUUACAUAUGCUUAAGGUGUUAAAAUGUAUUUCUUUCUGUAACCACAAACAAAAAUCCAGCUUGAUAUAUUUUUCAGUUUUACUUGAUUUAUUUCUGACUGCUAAACUAUCUCACUGAAAUGUUGCAAACUUAAAGCACUGCCAAGAAUGAAAGCCACUGCACCUCAGGCUUUGGCAUCAGUGAUCAAAGAGUCAAAAUGGAUACAUAUAUACAUUACAUCCACGCACAUAAAACAAACAACUAACAACCAAAAACAAAACCAAUGUCCCCAAGUCAAUGAUGUUCAGAACUUAUUUGGAGAUUGUAGUGUUUAAUAGCUGCUCUGGAGGGUAGAAGCUGUUCCUGAACCUGGACGUUACAGUUUACAGGCUCCUAUAUAUAUCUUCUUCCUGAUGGCAGGAGUGAAAUGAGUGUGUGGCCAUGGAGCUGUGGGUCUUAGAUGAUGCUGGCUGUCUUUUUGAGGCAGAAACUCCUGCAAAGGCAGUGACUCCUGUAAAUCCCUUCGAUAGUGGGGAGGUUAGAACCAGUGAUGGACUGGGCAGUGUUCACCACUUUUUGCAGUCUUCUUCGCUCCUGGGCAUUCAAGUUGCCAAACCAGGCCAUGAUGCAACUAAUCAAUAUGCUCGCUACUGUACACCUGUAGAAGUUCAAGAGAGUACUCUAUAACAUAGCACAUCUCCUUAAUAUUCUCAGGAGGUUGAGUCUUGGAUAGGCUUUCUUUAUAAUUGCAUCAGUGUAAUGGGUCUGGGUGUUAUGAUUGAGGGAGGCUGAUCUUGAAGUCAUUGGAAGAAGUGAAGAGAUUUAAAUGUUCAGAGGUUAAGGGUUAGGCAGUUACAGUAUAGUUGGUGGGAUGAAGGAAGGAGGUGAUACACAGUACCAUACCUUAAUCAUCCACUUUGUCAUGGAUGCUCCAAACUGGCAAAGUUCACCCAAAUGAAGCAGCCUGUUUCAAUUGAAGGUGAAGACAGGUUGGGUUGAUCAGAUAUAAUAAAACAUUAACCUUUCUUUUGAAAGUAUCAAAGUACUGCGACAAACCACCCACAUCCUUAAUGGCUUUUUUAAACCAUACAACAUGAAGGAAGAUCAUUCUGCCCAUCUAUGCCAACUCAAGGCAAUCUCAUCAAUCCCAUUCCCCAACCAUUUUUUCCCCAGUAACUUAGUCCCUCUCUCAGAGUUGAACAUAGGUCACCGAAGUAAUGAAGUAGCAACAUUACCUGCUUCACUUCCACCAUUUCAUUGCUGUUUUUUAUGGCUUCAUCCAAUCCUUAUUUUUGUUUUUUCAUAACAAAUGAUCUCAUGGAGGUGCUCUGACAUGAAAAGUCCAGUUCUAAACUAUUCAUCUACACCAGCAUGAGAGGAAAAUCUCCCAUUUGGUAUUUGUCUAUAAAUUAUGUUAUCUCCUUCCUACCUUCGAAAGUUUUGACAGCUUAUUUAGUAUAAAUAGCUUUUUAUUAUGUUAUGUGUCCAUG